AUGGCAGCCUGCAUAUGUGGCAACAUUGAAGGCAUAUUAAUCGUUUGUCUCAUAGUGUUCAGAGGUCAACAAUUUCGGCAGCUUCAUGCGUUCAAUGUGAAAGAAAGGGCAGGGGUGACUAAACUUCGAGAGGUACUUGAAGAUAGACUUCAAGAAAUAAAGAGAGCUAAGACAUGGAAACAUGAGAGAAUAUUGACGUCACCUCAGGAUACAAAGGUGAAGGUGCAAGGAGCACAGGGGGAGUUUUUGAAUUUCUGUGCUAAUAAUUAUCUCGGUCUGUCUAACCAUCCCGAGGUAGUAGAAGCAUCGCGAGAAGCUUUAAGUAAAUACGGAGCAGGUCUUAGUUCAGUACGAUUUAUUUGUGGAACUCAAACUAUUCAUAAGGAAUUGGAGAAUCGCCUGGCUAAAUUCCACGGUAGAGAAGACGCUAUACUAUAUAUCUCCUGUUUCGAUGCUAACGCUGGUCUGUUUGAGUCGAUGCUCACUCCUGAAGAUGCUGUGUUCUCAGACGCUUUGAACCACGCGUCAAUCAUCGACGGCAUUAGAUUGUGCAAGGCACAAAAGUUUAGAUAUCCGCACAGAGAUCUUAAAGAAUUAGAACACCUUCUGGCUCAUAGCGAAGCAAGACUUAAACUGAUAGUGACUGAUGGAGUUUUCUCUAUGGACGGUACAGUCGCCCCUAUUAAAGGAUUACGAGACUUGGCUGAUAAGUACAGAGCAUUACUAGCUAUAGAUGAUAGUCAUGCUACUGGAUUUUUCGGGGAAACUGGCAGAGGUACAGAAGAGUACUGCGGCGUUUUGGGCGCGGCGGAUAUCAUCUGCUCGACGCUGGGUAAAGCGGUUAGUGGGGCCGCCGGGGGCUACACCACCGGGCCAAAAGAACUCAUCACUUUACUCAGAAAUGUCUCCAGACCUUACUUAUUUUCAAAUUCACCGCCACCGCCUGUAGUCGCUGCUUCAAUGAAGUCCCUAGAAUUAGUGGAGACUAGUUCUGAUCUCCGGCGCCGUCUCCGUGAGAACACGCGCCAGUUCCGCGAGGGUCUGAAGGGUGUAGGUCUGAAGGUGUCCGGGGAUGAACAUCCGAUCUGCCCCGUGAUGGUUGGAGAUGCGGCUUUAGCUGUGGAGCUAGCGGCUGGGAUGUUAGAGCGCGGUAUCUACGUAGUAGCGUUCAGUUACCCCGUGGUGCCGCGAGGGGGCGCGCGGGUCCGCGUACAGCUGUCAGCGGCUCACACGAGUGAUGACGUCACGCGGGCCAUUGACGCGUUCAAACACGUCGCACAGAACAUUGGCAUUAUUAACAAAUGA